GAGAGCGUCUCUUGCACAUCACUGCACAGCCUGCCCCGCCGAAGGAUAGAAUUUGAGGCAGUUUAGGUGGUGUUGAUUUCCAAAGCUUUGGAGGCAGCGUGGUGCAGGAUUCUGUGUCCUCAUUUUGCAAUAAGAAGUCGCGGCUUCGAGCUGCCCGUCGCUCUUUUCACGGAGGAUGUUGGAUCCCGUUUCUAGAGUUUUUUUUUUGAGUUUUGCAUUUUCGCGUAUGUUUUAGUUUGCAUAAUUCGGCAGCAUUAGAUCCGGUUAGGAAGCCAUGCCCAUGAGGGGGGGAAUCCCUGAGAGGAAACUGAAGCCGCUAUGGGACGCCAUCGACCAUCGGCAGUACAAAUCGGCAAUGAAGCUUGUUACGGGCCUCUUGGCGAAGCAUACCGACUCUGCUUAUCUCUUUGCAUUGAAGGCAUUGAUACUGGAGAAGUUGGGGAAAUUAGAUGAAGCAUUGGAGCUUGCUCUUCGCGCCAAGGCUGCGAACCCCUUGGAUGAUUUGACUUUGAAUACACUCCAGACUGUGUUCCAACGCUUGAAUAUGUUGGACGCUGCCACAGCCCUUUUUGAGUAUGCGUGUUUGAAACUUCCAAAAAACAUGGAUUAUCAAGCUGCUCUAUUUAAUUGUUACGCUCGUCAGUAUCUGUAUGUUAAACAACAACAGGUAGCGUUCAAAUUAUACAAAGUAGCUGGAGAGGAAAGGUUUCUGCUCUGGGCCGUUUGCAGUAUCCUGUUACAGGUCGACAAUGAGAACAGCAAACUCCUCCCGUUGGCAGAGGCAAUGAUAAAAAAACAUCAUCAGUCUCAUGGUCUGCGUGAGCGUGAAGGAGUUGUAGUGUACAUGGAUAUCUUGAAGCGUCAGAGGAAGUAUGGCGAUGCAUUGACGUUGCUGCAGGGAUUGUCAGGUGACCUGCUCACUAUUGGCAUUGAUCGAUUGCGGUUGCAGGGAGAGCUCCUUGUUCACUUGAAUCAGCACAAGGAGGCAGCAGAUGUUUUUCAAGAAAUCAUGAGGAAUAGUUCAGAUGAUUGGGCUGCUUUUCAAAUGUUUUUGGAAGCAACAUUGAAUCCUAUUCACCAGGUCUCCAAUGAGCUGGAGGCUCUUUCUUUGACAUCUAGCAGGAAAGAAGAGACAGAGGCUUUAUUGCAGAGAGUUCAUACGUUUGUACUUGAACUGCAAGCUCUGAAAGUGCCUGAAGUACGCCGGGCACCUUAUCUUGCUGAACUGGGAAUUGAGAAAAGACGGUUGAUGUUGACAUCAUCUGCAGAUUCAGCUGAUGCGCCCUCUGCACGUCUGGCACAAUCAAUCCUGACAUAUUUUCAAAGAUUUGGAUGUAUGACCAGCUUCACAUCAGAUGUCAUGGAAUUUAUACUGCAUAUUGACAAGGAGCAACAAUCGUGGCUCAUCAAGGAAAUGCAUCGAUACUGUCAGGAUCUGCCACCAGAUACAAAACCUGUGAAUGCGUUACGGUUUCGCUUGGCUGCUUUCCAGAUGGAAAGUAGAUUGGGCUGGCAGCACGCACAUGCUUCCAAGACUGGCUUACUAGAUACCGCUGAAGAGAUUGUUCAGCUGUUCCUUGAGAGUGUGAAGCUUUCUGCAGAAGUAGAUUCUCAAGAAGCGAUGCUUGGAGGGGAGUUUUUGACCUUAGUUAGUGACCUUUUAGUUGAGAUGUAUCUUCAAACGAAGCAUAUUGGCUUCAUAUUGGAGGCUAUUUUUGUUCUUGAGUUGGGGCUAGGACUUCAAAGAUAUCAUCCACUGCACAGGUUUUUGCUCGUGAAUCUUUAUUCAUUCUUAGCAGCAACUAAACCCGCUUGGACCUGGUUCAAGGCUGCAGACGUGAAGUAUAUCCUCCUGGAUUCUAUGUCACAUCAUAUCCUUCCAAGUCUUGUGAGAUCUCUAGAUUGGGCUGCUUUGGAUUCUAUGACUCGUGAUAUCAUCAAAUUUCACGACGACUACAGGCGGGAAGCUGCAGAUCUUGCAAUUCUUGCGUAUCACCAUAACACCUACAGCAAAGUGCUGGAGUUCCUAACUUUCAAAGAGAAGCUAGAAAAGUCACAUCAGCUCUUGGUUGCACGUAUUGAGUCUAUCAUUCUGUCUUUGAAACGAAAGGCUCAUAAUUUGGAGGAAAUGGAGGUUGUCUUGCAAAGUCUGGAUGGAGGUCGUUCACAGCUGGAUUGGGCUACAGAUAGCCGUUUGAAUGCACUUACGUUUAAUGAGGACUUGGAAACGCGACCAUGGUGGUCACCUGCCCCUGAUGAAUCUCUUCUCAUAGAGUCAUCCGAGUCUUCUGAGCAAACCGGCCCUCGGCAUCUGGGUGGAAUUCAGGAACUUCAGAAGAAACUGAAGUUCUGUUCGAUGAGGCGCUUAAAACUCAGGUGUGUGCUGCCGCGGCUUUUGCAUCUGGCGUUGACUAGCAACUCUGGCAAUAAAGAGGCUGACCUUGCUGCCGCUGCUGAGCUGAAGGCGCACGUUCUGCAGUGCUCACGCUCACUGGGAGUCUGUGCUGAGGAUUUAGGUCUUUGGUUGUCGAAACAAGCCUCUGCAUCUGAUAAUCAGGUAGCAAUAUGGGAAUCUCUUACGCUAGCGAUUUUUUGGACCGCGGCUUUGUUCCCUGUUAAACGAUACGAUUCUACAUGUCAGGAGAGUCUGCUCUCUGAUUCUUUAGCGAUCAUAAGUGAACUCAUGGCCGCGACUUUGCAUGAUUCCAUAUCUACUUCAACGACUAGUUCAGAGGUAAUUUUGUCAGGUGUGAUAUUGGAGAAGGUAGUGACGCUGGUCACUGAGAAUAUGACCUGGUUUGGGUUGUGCCUACAAUCAUGGGUAGCAGGGUUGCAACCUGGAAGCAAGAGGAAGAAGCAUGUUCAGUCUGCGUCUUUGUCAGAGAACAUUGUAGGUACUCUUCAAAAGGCCACUCAAACUUUCUGCUCCCAUUUAGAGGAGUGCGAUUCUUGGGCGACAGACCUCCUGGGAAAAGGUAUAGGCGAGAAUAAGAAGUUGUUAGCAGACGAUGUCAUUGCUUCUUGUUCUACUCCGGGUCAUAUUAUGAGGACUUUGGAAACUGGUCUGGGAAACGGAAAUCGCGUGCCAAAGUCUUGGGAUACAAUCUUGAAGGAGGUCAUUGACUGCCAGCGAGCCACAGUGGUAGGCAUUAGGGAUACUUGCAACUCCAGGUUGCAAGCAAUGAAGUCAAUAAAAUUCUGAGAAACGACUUUAACCUAGGUUUCAAGUAUCUCUAGGCCUAAUUCCAGACUUGUUAUUUUCCUAAGUUCGAACUAUUCUCACUGAUCUCUUCACUAUCAUGAUAAGUGCUUUUUCUCUGCGUCUGCAAGGAGUUGCACUCA